UAUUUUUUACCGAAUCGAAUGCAGUGAAUAAAUUGUUUCAAGAAUUCUAAAUUUUCAUCUUAGUUUUUUUUUGUUGUUUAUAUCGAUAGUAAAUUCUUUUAGUUUUAGGUAAAAUGUCACGACAGAUUCAACCACAACAACAAACAGAGAAUGAUCGAAAACUUCGUCCUGUAUUUGAAUAUCUUGAUAAUGGUUGCUAUAAAAAAUCUUUGCAAGAGAUUGAUAAAUUAUUGAAGAAAAAUCGUAAUCAACCAUAUGUACGUGCAUUAAAAGCAUUAACAUUGAUUCGACUUUAUCGUCGAAAAGAAGCAAAAGAAAUUCUUGAUGAAUUACAUGCUGAAAUGCCAAGCGAUGAAAUGAUUCUGCAGACAAUGUCAAUAUGUUAUCGUGAAGCACAACGAAACGAUUUAAUAGCAUCAUUAUAUGAAAAUGCCUUGAAAAAAGAUCCAGCUAAUGAAAAACUUUUUGCACAUCUAUUCAUGUCAUAUGUACGAUUAAAUGAUUAUAAAAAACAACAAAUGACAGCAUUAAAUCUGUAUAAAGUACAUCAAAAAAAUCCCUAUUAUUUUUGGGCAAUAAUGAGUAUUUACAUGCAAGCAGUAACAGCCGAUGAUAAAACUAUGGCCAAUAAAAUAAUUCUUCCAUUAGCGGAAAAAAUGUGUGAAAAAUUCUAUAAAGAAAAUCGUUUUGAAUCCGAUCCAGAAUAUGAUCUUUAUUUGAUGGUAUUGGAAGCACAGAAAAAAUAUUCACAAAUGAUUACCUUAAUGGAAGAAAAAGAAAUUAAACAAAAAAAAGAUAAACAAUCUACUGAUGAUUUUAAUUAUCAGCUAGAACAUAAGGCAAAAUUAUUACGAAAAGAAAAACGUUUAGCUGAAUGUUUUGAUUGUUAUGUACAAUUAAUAAAUGAUAAUAAUGAUCAAUAUGAUUAUUAUGUUGAUGCAUUCACAUUGGCCUUAGAAUUGGAUCAACAACACGAUGAAAAUUCCAACACAGAAUCUUAUAUGGUUCGUUUAUUAAAAUUGAUACAACAAAUGUGUUUGGAAGGUAAAACAACUUUAUGGAAAAUGAAUGAAGAUUCAGAUGAACAAUCUAAUGAUUCAUUGAAUAAAAUGGUUAGUGAACGUUGUCCACGUAGUCCAUUCAUUGCCAGAAUCAUAGUUAGCAGUCAACUUUUACAUGACAAACAAAUUAAUCAUCCAUCUUUUAAAAAUUUUGUUCAAGAAAAUCCAUUAAUCGAUCCAAUCGAUUUAUGUGUAGAUUAUUAUGAACGUUUCGGUACAAAAUAUGUAUGCAUCAAAGAUUUAAUAUUCAUUCUGGAAAAUAUUGAUAUAAAACGAAUGUCAAUGAUGAACAAAAUCAAUGAUCUAUUGAUGCGAAUGAAAUUAUCACAAACAAAACUGAACAAUAAUGAUAAUGAUAAAGAUUUGAAUAUGAAAUUAUGUUUUGAUUAUAUUGAACAUUAUUGUCGAGAAAAAUUUACCGAAAAUAUUAUUGAUCGUCGUAAUGAGAUCAAUUUAUUUAUCGAUCAAUAUGAACCAAAACAAUGUGCCAAUAAUUCAUCAUUAAUCUAUUUGAUUGUAUUAAAAACAUUGGCCGAUACGGAUAUUUAUCAAACAAAUGAUAAUGAUCAAAUUUUAAGUCAAACAUUAUUUGAUUUAAUUAUUAUUAUUGAACAAUAUUUAUUGGAAAAUCGAAAUGAUUUUUAUGCCAAAUUAUUAUUGGUUUGCCUUUAUAAUUCAAUUGGUGUUGCCUUAUCUAGUCAUAAUUUAUAUGAUUUAAUGGAAAUUAAACUAAUACAAAAUGAUACGAUUGGUUAUCAUUUUUUUCCAUCAUUCAUACAUUGUGCCCUUUAUCAAAAAGUUGAACAAUUUCUUAAUUCUAGUUUUAAAUUUUAUAAUUUUAAUUUUAAAGAGGUUUCAGAUUCAAUAAUUACCUGCUAUAAAAAUGGUUGCUUCACUAAAAUUGAUGAAAUUUUGAAAUUUAAUCAAAAAUUACGUUAUUCAAUUUAUUAUCAUUUAACUUAUGUGGAAAGAUUGUUUAAUAAUCUUUUGUUGGAUUGUAAAAGUGAAAAUUCUUUCAAUGAAGCUGCUGAAUAUCUUUUAACGACAAUUUUUUUAUCAAAAGAUUUUGAUUUGGAUUCAACAAAAAUUCUUGAUAAUCGUGAUUUAAAAAUUCUCAAUUCUUAUCAUUAUAAAAUGAAUGAUUAUGUUGAAAAUGUAAUCAGAAAAGUUACACUUGAACAAGACAAACAAUGGUUAUCAUAUCGAUAUAAUGUAUUGAAAAUAAUUGCACUUGGUGAUUAUUUAUCGAAAAAAAUAUGGACUGAAGAUUUUUCAAUGAUGAAUAAAGAAUCUGCUAAUCACAUCAAUCAUAAUGAUACGCAAACCGAUGAUCACCAUUUGAAUGUUGAAAUGUUUGAAAAUUUAUUUACAGAUUUGUCCAAACAACAUUCUUGUUGUAUGGAAGCAAUACAGCAAAAUUUGAAACAUUGUAUUGAAGGUCCACAACCAUCACGGUUGAACACUUUUUUUGCCAGCCAAUUUCCACAAUUAAUUCAUAUUUUAUCGAAUGGAUUACUCGAAAUGUUUCGAUUCAUUUCUGGAUCAUUUGAUAAUGAAAAAUGUUGUUUUCAAGAUGAAAAUUUAUUUAACAAAUUAAAUGAAGAAAUUCAAACGGCUAUUGUUGAAUGGAAACAUAAUCAAACAUUGAAAGAUGUGUAUAAAUUAUUCGGUCGAAUUAGUGUUUGGAUAGAUGUAUUGAAUAUUGCCGUAUUAUUGUUUUCAUUGAUCAUCGAUGGUCAACGACGUUUGAAUAAAAUGAUGAAAAAAUGGAAAAAAAGAAUGGAUGCAAAAAAAUUCCAAAAUGUUGAACAAUUUUUCAUUACAUUUACAAAUGCUAUUACAGCUUUACAUUCAAAUAUGGAUGGCUAUUUUAAAUCAAUUAUUACUAUUAUACAAGAAAUUGAAAUUAUGUCGCUGGUCGAUUCAUAUCAAUUUAAAUUUUCGCAAAAAUUUAAUAUUUCCGAUACGGUUAUCGAUACGAUACGAACAAAUAUUCGAACAAGUUAUGAAAAAUCAUUAUCAGAAAUGUCACAAAUUCUACAAAUGAAACAUAAAUAUUUGUCCUCAUCGAUGAAUCCUUCCUCUCAAUAAUAAUUU